CCCCAGGAAUGGAAUGCUGCUGCUCCCAAAAGGCAGACAGAGCGGGUGGGGAGGGGGAGCGUCGCUGUUUUCCCUCCGUUAAAGCACAUUUUUGAAUACCUUGUAGCUCAAACCUGGCCAUGGAAGUGUGCGCUCACAGAACAGGCGGCUCGUCUGGCGGAGAGAGCAACAAGUACAGCAAGUAAACUGCUGGCAAACCGACUUUGAUUUGUUUUGUAAAGUAAGCAAAAGCGGUUGCCAGCAGUAUCUGUCUUCUAUUUCUGGCCUUCCCCCCGGCCCCGGGCCCCCCUCUCUAGACUGACGUCAGCAGAAAGUUAUUUUCAUGAAUGGAGGGGGCGGUCACGAGGAAUCGGUGACGUGAGCGCUUGCGGAAGCAGAGCGUGGAAUGUUGGUACAUUGUUGUUGUUUUGUAGUUAAUUCAGUACGAGGAUACACCACUACCCUCCUGCCGCGUCUCGCCGACUGGGUCAACUCACUUCGCCGCUUGGAUAGGAAACUUACUCCGGUACCUUUACGCAUCCCCGACUACACAUAUCCGCGUUCACAGAGUGCAACUUCUGUGAGGUUCUGGUCAGUUUUCUGCAUGCAGGGAAUGACGACUCAUUUCAAGACAAGCAAAGCUUUAAGGGUCAAGAAGGAGACGGGUGAGAAUGCCCCGGCGCUUAGCGACGAUGAGUUGGUGGCCAUGUCGGUGCGGGAGCUAAACCAGCACCUGCGUGGACUGACGAAGGAAGACGUCGUCCGGCUGAAGCAGCGGCGACGGACCCUGAAGAACCGAGGCUAUGCAGCCAGCUGCCGCAUCAAGCGUGUCACCCAGAAGGAAGAGCUGGAGAGACAAAAGACAGAGCUGCAGCAGGAGGUGGACAAGCUGGCCAGAGAGAAUGCUAGCAUGAGGUUGGAGCUGGAUGCGCUGCGAGCUAAGUACGAGGCCUUGCAGUGUUUCGCCAGGACUGUGACCCGGGGGCCAAUCUCACCCGGCAAAGUGGCCACCACCAGCGUCAUCACCAUUGUCAAGUCAGCUAACCACAACACCAGCCCCACCCCGUUCUCAGCUCCCUCCUAGUGCUGACAGGACUGGGCUUUCCCUUCUUUUGCCUGGUCUUUGCUGGCUCUGACACAUCCUGAAGCCAGUCAUCCUGUACUGAGAGGAUCCUCAGUAGUUUGUUAGACUGAAGGAUCGGAUGCCAGGCUCUGUCACGUAAUGCUGCAUUCACAGUUCUGUCUCCGUUCGCCUGCCUCUUACACAAUCUAUACUGUCUGCACACUGUUCACAACCCCGUCCCGACCCCCAGCACCGGCAGGGUAUUGGGCCUCUGUGACCCGACCUCUGUGACUGAUGGUAGAGAUUUAUUACAGUUUGUCUUACUGGUGUAAUACUUGAUGCUGCAGAACAUAAAAUACAAAUGAUUUGACUUUAUGGGAGUAUAGCUAUUUGCCAUUUGUGUAAAUUUACAUAAAAAAAAACUGUAAAUUUUGAAGCUGUUGCCUUAAAGAUCUAUAAGUACUCUACAACUAACAUGCAGUUCAGCACAACAAGGUGUUAAAUUUCCCAGGAUUAAAGUCUAGAGGUUUCUCAAUAGUUUCCAGUGAUAUAAGAGAUGGAUGAAACUGAAGUUUUCUCAGAUUUUAAUUUGUUCUUGAGCUUGUUUAGCUUAUGCUAAUCCAUAAAAGAAGCUGUUAAGGGGAUAACUGACAAACAUAUAUUUGUGUUUCAUGUUUGGACAACCCUGGUGUGGGUAACAUUAAUUGGAAGGCAUUGCCAAAUCCAGAGGAUCUCUCCUCCAUGUUUGCUUCAAUUAUGAAACAUACCUAAAGGUCCUAAUUUUUUUGCCAUUGUAGAUUAUUUUUGUUAAAAAGGUUAAAAGGUAUUAAAGUCAUUGUAAAGUUUGUUUGGGAAGUGUUGGGUGUAAUUCUGAUGGCUAUUUUAUGGCCCCCUGACUUUUUUUUUUUUUUUUUUGGUAACAUUAACAGGUUUUAAACCUUUUUGCAACUCAACUUAAGACUAACUUUUUUACAUUUGAAUGUGCUUCGAAAGCAGAUUGAGCUAAAUUUGCUUGUAAUAAUAGCAUUUACUUCAUUAUAGCACUUAUAACUGUAACGAUACAGUAUAAAGUAAAUUACAAGAUGCAACAAUGAAAUUAUUCUUGUAUGUACUGGGGCUUAAAUGUGCGAUGAUGAUGAUGAUGUGAUGGGAAUAUUUAGUGGAAGUCUAAAGUUAGCAAGGAUGGUAAACUCUGCUGCACUUGCAAUGUUUGGUGGGUAAUCCAUAUUGGAUAUAGUGAUAAUGAAAGUAGUCCUUGUAAAAAUCAACUUUCUUCCUGUAUAUUACAGAUUAAAGGUGACAAAUCCUCUUCUAGUUAUAUUGUCACUUACGUUGAUAAACUCCGUCCAGACAUAAAAAAAAACAACAAAAAAAACUCAUUCCUACCGCUGGGUCACAAGAAGUGCUGCUGCUGCCGGUGUUGGUAUUUU